AUGUUUUCCAGCAUCGCUACUGCUCCGGCGAAGCAGUCCGUCGGCGAGACCAUCACGGUGCUGAGCGGGCGAUUGAGCUCUGCGACUCUGCUGGAGGACCGUCGAGCUGCCAUCCUUGGACUUCGAAGCUUUGCCAAAGAAUAUCCAGCUUCGGUUGCCUCUGGUGCGCUUCGUAGCUUGAUCGAGAGCUUGUCAAAGGAUGCGGAGGAUCCCGAGACUGUCAAGUCGGUCCUGGAGACUCUCUUGAUGCUCUUCAAUCCGAACCAGAACAGUCCCGAAGCAUCUGAAGACAUUGCCCUCUGGCUUGCCGACGAAUUCACCCAACGCGACCAUGUUACUCUGCUCCUCGAUUUCCUCGAAACCCUCGAUGCGCACGUUCGGCUCUAUUCUAUGCAAUUGAUCUCUGCCAUCCACUCCGCUCGCACCGACCGAACAGAAGACUGCGUCCUCGCUGCUCCAGGAGGCCUGUCCAAGCUUGUUACUGUCCUUGACGAUCGUCGGGAAGCCGUACGGAACGAGGCGCUGUCUCUGCUCACAUACCUUACAGCAUCCUCGCCAACAAUCCAGCAAAUUGUUGCCUUCGAGAGCGCAUUUGAGAGAGCUUUCGCCAUUAUUGCAGCUGAAGGGUCACUUGUAGAGGGCGAGAGGGUCGUGGAAGACUGCCUUAUAUUCGUUGCGAAUCUGCUGCGACUGCAUCCCAAGAACCAGGCCCUGUUCCGAGAAAGCGGCUACGUUCAGCAGCUGUCAAAACUGCUGGAGAGCACGUACCAGGCCAGAGACCCGGAGGAGGAGCUGGCACAAUGGGCCCAGGAGCAGCGCGGGAGAAACACAUACGCUCUUCUUGCCGUACUUCGUCUUUUCUUGGUCCCUGGGGCUGAGGGGACACUCAAGAACCAAGCUGCCUUCUGGCAGCACGGUGUACUAUAUCAUGCCUUGCAACUUGCCUUCGACCAUGGCUCUCAGCUACCUAUCAAGGCGGAAGCUCUUACUGCGUGCUCAGACAUCAUUCUUGGUCACCCAAAAUUACAAGAAGGUUUCGCGCAGCUGCAGGUGCCUUCAGUCUUUGAAACUCCGCAAGCGCCAACAAAUGGAAACACGGCGAAGCCCAAAGCAGUGCCCAUGGUCUAUGUAAUCGAUGGUUUGCUCGACCUUGUGCUUGGCCUCCCUGUUCUACAAGCCUUCGAUCUUCGAUAUGCGGCCUGCCAGUGCAUCAAGGCCUACUUCCACAACCACCCCGAGAUCCGGCUACAUUUCCUGCGACGAGCCAUCGAAGGCCACUCCUCUGGGGCGGACGAAACCGCGAACGUGCUGACCACUUUGCUACAACCUCUCGAUAACACUGCUUCGUUGGAUCCUUACCGCUUCUGGUUUGCUGCGGUCAUUACUUUUCAUCUCAUCUUUGAGAAUGUAGAGGGCAAGGCGUUGGCUAUGGCCGUCACCGAGGGAGAUGCUGAGAGUGGCGAGGAGGUUGUCACAAGCAUCCAGACUGUCACUGCGCAUCUGCUCAGUGCUCUGUCUCGAGCGGACGACGAACGCAUCGUGAUAGGGUACCUGAUGCUUCUUGUCGGCUGGUUAUUUGAGGAUCUCGAUGGCGUGAACGACUUCCUGAACGAGGGCGGUUAUAUCACGACUCUUGCCACAAUCGUCAAUCCUGCCAGGCAAGAUCCCACGCAGAGUGCCUUGGUACAAGGCUUGUGUGCUGCCCUUCUUGGUGUAGUGUACGAGUUUUCGACAAAAGACUCUCCAGUGAGCAGAUCAACCUUGCAUACGGUCUUGCUCGAAAAAGUCGGGCGCGACAAGUACGUCGAUACCCUCACGAAAUUCAGGAGUCAACCCUUCGUGCGCGAUUUUGAGGUCAUACCAGCCAAACUGGGCAAUUCCGGGGAGCUGCCAGAAGUUUUCUUCGACGCUCAGUUCGUGGACUUCUUCAAGGACAACUACAGCCGCCUGGUGAAAGCCAUUGAUCGCGAACCUGGUCUGGAAAUCUCCGUCGUUACGAACGGCGUGGAGAAAGGUGUCUCUCGUGAGUUGGUCGACUCGUUGCGAGCGCAACUAGCGGAAAAGGACAGGGCCUUGCAAGAUGCGGUAGACGAGAGUGCUGCUCUGGAGGCGAAAUUGAGCGUUGAGCAAGUCGAGAACCGGAAGACCAAAGAACUCAAUGCAACCGAGAUGGCACGCAUACGGAAUAUCAACGAGGCGAUGCAAAGACAUCAUGAUGAGGACAUCAGAAACCUCGAAGCACAACAGAAGCUCAAAGAGGAGGCGCUUCAGAAGCAGCUUGACGCAAUUCGCGCAGAGAUGGAAGCCAAAGCUGAAAUGGCAUUGAAAGCGCAGAGGAAGAAGGAAAUUGACCUGCAGAAGGAGAUUGACGGCUUGCGCAGGAGCUUGGAGGCUGAGAAGGCGCAAAUCCGGCAACAAGUCGACGCAGAGAGGGUGCAGCUGCAGAAACAGGCCGACGCUGAGAAGGCCGAACUCCAGAGGCAACUCGACUACAAACUCGAGACGGCGGAGACUGAUUCUGUGCGUGCAAAGCGCCGCGUUGAGGCGGAGAUCGCAGACCUCAAGGCGACCAUCAGUCGACUUGAAGUCGACCUCAUGAAGGCGAACAAGGCCAAGACUCAAGAAGUCAAGGCUGCGCAGGACAAAGGAUCUGCAGACCUCGCCAGUCAGGAGAAGAAGGCCAAAUCAUUUGAGCAAAAAAUCAAGGACCUCGAGGCUAAGCUCAAGAAGGCUGAGGAGAAAACCAAGGUAUCCGAUAAGCAAAUUGAAGAACUCGAGAACGACUUAGCGAAGAAGGCGGAAGAGUCAUCGAAGUUCACGAAACAGCUGAAGGAGAAGGAUGACGAAAAGGCGGCCACGCAGACCGAGCUGGACGACUUGCUUAUGGUUUUCAGUGACCUUGAAGAAAAGGUCGAGAAGUACAAGCAACGGCUCUUGGAAGCUGGCGGAACCGUCUCAGACGCGGACGAUGGCAGCGAUGACGAGGACGACGAAGACGAUGAAGACGACGACGAGGUCGACUGA